AUGCUCCUCGGGUGGGCGUCCCUGCUGCUGUGUGUGCUCCGCCUGCCCCCAGCCGGGGCCGGCCUCACUGAGGCACCUGCCCAGGAUAAAGCUCUGCUGCCUCCGGCUGCUGCAACUGCCGCCCUGCCCCACCGGCGGCGGGAGGAGGAAGCGCAGGAGCGGGCCGGGCUUCCCGGUCACCCGCACCCCCUGGCGCCGCAGCGCAGGAGCAGCGGCCUCGUGCACAACAUUGACCAGCUCUACUCCGGCGGCGGCAAGGUGGGCUACCUCGUCUACGCGGGAGGCCGGAGGUUUCUCCUCGACCUGGAGCAGGAUGGUGCGGUGGGCACCGUUGGCCUCGUGCCCACAGGAGGCAAGCUGAGCGCAUCCCGGCGCCACCGGGGCCACUGCUACUACCGCGGCACAGUGGACGGCAGUCCUCGCUCACUGGCUGUCUUUGACCUCUGCGGGGGUCUGGACGGCUUCUUCGCGGUCAAGCAUGCUCGCUACACACUGAAGCCUUUACUGCGCGGGCCCUGGGCCGAAGCGGAGAAGGAUCGUGUGUAUGGGGAUGAGUCUGCGCGGAUCUUGCACGUCUACACGCGAGAGGGCUUCAGCUUCGAGGCCCUGCCUCCACGUGCUAGUUGUGAGACCAGGGGGUCUCCUCCUGGACCCCGCGAGCGCAGCAGCCCCGCCCUGAACAACUCGGGCAGGCAAGUUUCGCUUUUCCGGAACAUGAACAUCCCGGAUGAGGCCAAGGAGCCCUCACCCACUGGGGUCUCCGGACCGCAGACGUGGUGGCGGCGAAGGCGCCGCUCCAUCUCGCGGGCCCGCCAGGUGGAGCUGCUCCUGGUGGCUGAUAUGUCCAUGGUGAAGAUGUAUGGUCGGGGACUGCAGCAUUACCUGCUGACCCUGGCCUCCAUCGCCAACCGCCUGUACAGCCACGCCAGCAUAGAGAACCACAUCCGACUGGCCGUGGUGAAGGUAGUGGUGCUGGGCGACAAGGACAAGACUCUGGAGGUGAGCAAGAACGCGGCAACCACACUCAAGAACUUUUGCAAGUGGCAACAUCAGCACAAUCAACUAGGGGACGACCACGAAGAACACUAUGACGCCGCCAUCCUGUUUACUCGAGAGGAUUUAUGUGGGCAUCAUUCAUGUGACACUCUGGGAAUGGCAGACGUUGGGACCAUAUGUUCUCCGGAGCGCAGCUGUGCUGUGAUUGAAGACGAUGGCCUCCACGCAGCUUUCACUGUGGCUCACGAAAUUGGGCAUCUACUUGGCCUCUCCCAUGAUGAUUCCAAAUUCUGUGAAGAGAACUUUGGUUCCACAGAAGAUAAACGUUUAAUGUCUUCCAUCCUAACCAGCAUUGAUGCAUCCAAGCCUUGGUCCAAAUGCACAUCAGCCACCAUCACUGAAUUCCUGGAUGAUGGCCAUGGUAACUGUCUUCUAGAUCUACCACGAAAGCAGAUUCCUGGCCCAGAAGAGCUUCCAGGACAGACGUAUGAUGCCACACAACAGUGCAACCUGACUUUCGGGCCUGAGUACACGGUGUGUCCGGGCAUGGAUGUCUGCGCGCGCCUGUGGUGUGCUGUGGUUCGCCAGGGCCAGAUGGUGUGUCUCACCAAGAAGUUGCCUGCUGUGGAAGGGACGCCCUGUGGAAAAGGGAGGAUCUGCCUGCAGGGAAAGUGUGUGGACAAAACUAAGAAAAAAUAUUACUCCACUUCAAGCCAUGGAAACUGGGGGUCUUGGGGUCCCUGGGGCCAAUGUUCUCGCUCUUGUGGAGGAGGAGUUCAGUUUGCCUAUCGCCACUGCAAUAACCCUGCUCCCAGAAACAGUGGCCGCUACUGCACCGGGAAGAGGGCGAUCUACCGUUCCUGUAGCGUCGUCCCCUGUCCCCCCAGUGGUAAAUCUUUUCGUCAUGAGCAAUGUGAAGCCAAAAAUGGCUAUCAGUCAGAUGCCAAAGGAGUGAAAGUAUUUGUGGAAUGGGUUCCCAAAUAUGCAGGUAUCCUGCCGGGGGACGUGUGCAAGCUGACCUGUAGAGCAAAGGGAACUGGCUACUACGUGGUCUUUUCUCCAAAGGUGACGGAUGGCACUGAAUGCCGGCCAUACAGUAAUUCUGUCUGUGUUCGAGGGAAGUGUGUGCGCACUGGCUGUGACGGCAUCAUUGGCUCCAAGCUGCAGUAUGACAAGUGCGGUGUCUGUGGAGGAGACAAUUCCAGUUGUACAAAAGUUAUUGGAACCUUCAACAAGAAAAGUAAGGGUUACACAGAUGUUGUGAGGAUCCCAGAAGGGGCAACCCACAUAAAAGUCCGGCAAUUCAAAGCCAAAGACCAGACCAGAUUCACUGCCUACUUAGCUCUAAAAAAGAAAAAUGGUGAGUACCUCAUCAAUGGAAAAUACAUGAUCUCCACUUCAGAAACAAUCGUUGAUAUCAAUGGAACAGUCAUGAACUACAGCGGCUGGAGCCACAGGGAUGACUUCUUGCAUGGGAUGGGCUAUGCAGCCACCAAGGAAAUUCUAAUAGUGCAGAUUCUUGCCACAGACCCAACUAAAGCACUGGAUGUUCGUUACAGUUUUUUUGUUCCUAAGAAAUCGAUGCAAAAAAUAAACUCUGUCAUUAACCAUGGCAGCAAUAAAGUGGGGUCACACACAUCACAGCUGCAGUGGGUCACUGGCCCAUGGCUUGCCUGUUCUAGGACCUGUGACACAGGCUGGCACACCAGGACGGUGCAGUGCCAGGAUGGAAACCGGAAGCUUGCUAAGGGAUGUCUGCUCUCUCAGAGACCUUCCGCAUUCAAGCAGUGUUUGCUAAAGAAAUGUUAG